UAUAACCCGAACACGGCUUCGUAGAUUCUUCCCCUGUUCUUCAAGCUUCCCCAUAUUCCAGUUCCAAUACCCCAAGCUUUGAUUUAGGAUUUCCUUAACAUUCCAAAUUGGUCCCAACUCCCAUGGAUUUCCAGAUGAGUAGGAUUCAAGUAGCGGCCUUCGUAGUUGGGAUCAUCGUCCUCAGUAUCACAGCUGAAAAAUGUCGGCAGCUGGUUGGGGAAGAGCAUUCGUCUCAGAGUGGGAAGUUUACAAUCAUGAAUUGUUUUGAUAUGAGUUCUGGAACACUAGCUUGUGGGGUGAAAGAGGGUGUGAAACUAUAUGCUAACAACCUCAGAUCUGCUCAUAUCGAGGCAGCCAGGCAGAAAGCAAUAGAAAGUGCUUUGGUUGAUGCAUUGUCACAGGGGAUGGCAUCUAAUGAAGCGGCCAAGCUAGCGCAGAAAGCAGGAACAAAGGCAGCAAAAUUAGAAAAACGGCAAGCCAAGCGAAUAAUAGGUCCUAUAAUCUCGUCUGGAUGGGACUUUUUUGAAGCUAUAUACUAUGGUGGUGCGGUGACAGAAGGAAUCGUCAGGGGCACUGGCACCUUGUUUGGCACCUAUGCUGGAGGCUUUCUUGGAGACCAAAGGCUCGGGAGGGUUGGUUAUCUUCUGGGAAGUCAAUUGGGAAGUUGGGUAGGAGGUAGGAUAGGAUUGAUGGUCUAUGAUGUGGUUAGUGGAGUAAAUUACAUAAUUACAUUUGGUAUACCUGAAAGUAGUGAAGUUGGUGAAGCUCCUCCUAAUGAAAGUUCUGAUGACUCUUACGUUAAUGAAGCCCCCACAGACACGAGCUCUGAAGAUUCUUACAUCAGUCAAUUGGGCAGCUGGGUAGGAGGUAGGAUCAAAUUGAUGGUCUAUGAUGCUAUUUUUGGUACAGCCGAAAGUAGUGAAGUUGGUGAAGCUCCUCCUUAUGAAAGUUUGGAUGACUCUUAUGUUAGUGAAACCCCUGCAUACACAAGCUCUGAAGAUUCUAAUGUAUAUGAGUCUUCAUACGAAUCUCCCAAUGAAGAGCUGUAAGACAAAUGAGCUUUGUGAACUAUAAAGUUUUUCAUUACAAUUCUUCUACUCACAGUUCUAUUCUGUAGAUGCCAUAUAGGUAUAGUUUCAGUACGUGACUCAUUCAUAUUGGUGCAUAUUUCGUUACAUGGUACUUCCAUAUAGAUUAGUUACAUUCUUGCACUGACCUUUUCUGUAAAAUUCAUAUACAAGUGUGAUUCGCUAUGAUUUUCUGCUGUUGUUAUUGUAAUCCAAAGCCAAGGCCAUUGUCUGUAGGCUUCAUCAGUUCAUAUUUCUUAAAGA